AAACUACAUUGAGCCUAGCUAUAUUGCUAUUCAAACAUUCUUUGGGAAAUUGUAUUCAUGGGGUAUUCAAUAAUAAAAUUGUUAAUAGUCCUCGGGGUUGUGAUUAUGCAGACGAGACUUAGGGCACUGUGAUAAGCGUGAGAUGACUAAGGAAGCCCCGAGUCCCUAAUCAGCACAGCAGCAGGUGAAAGCGCCAUUAGCUGACUAGAACCAGAGCAGAUAAACGGCGAUCAUUCCCUGAAUCAAGGAUAUAUCUCCAAACAUCGUGCGUAAAAUUUUUAUUGUCCGGCGACGCUGCAAUGCGGGCGAUCUACUCAUGCUGUUGCUGUUUAAAAAGGGAUUCCGUCUCUCGGUAGUGCGUGCCUCCUUGUUGAUAUUAAACCCUAUGGGGGUAUUUGUAUUUGAAGACCUCGUUCAAAUGCAUCUGAAAAAGACGUGAAUUGGUGGGGCAGUGUGAUUAUUUUAUUCUCUGCAUGUUCGAUUGUCAAUAAUAGACAGCGUUUGUUUUUACGAGCAGUUGGGGACGCCACACUUGAAAGGAGAAAACGCGCGUUGACCCGAAGACGUAAUAUUGACUCAGAUCUGACAGCUGUUGCUACUGAAUUCGCGGUUUUCGUUUUGCAUAGUCUCCGAUGAUAUAUCAAGUACUGGCCGUCACAACAGACCACAUCCGAGUCUCAACCUCCGUUUCCAAAAAACUCGAAGAUGAAAGAGAGAGGCGGUCCUGACAACGAAACCUUUUACCACUACAAGCAAUGCUAUUUUCUUGACACUGAAGCUGACUUCACAGGGGAAUACUCCACUACAUAUAUUGCCAUAAUCGUGAUUAACAGUCUGGCAUUUUUGCCCACGAUUUUUGGUAAUGUAUUGAUCAUCCUUGGAAUCUGGCUCAUCCCUGUUCUUCAAACUCCGUCAAAUAUCAUUCUUGUUGGUCUCGCGUGUUCGGAUCUCGGUGUUGGUCUGAUCGUUCCUGCGCUCAACAUUGCGCGCAUCGUCCCUAAACUAAACGGCGCGCACUUCAACUCGUGGUGCACAGUGCAAGUGGCGUAUACCUUCUUCGGUGUGAUGUUUUGCGGAGUUUCCUUCUUGACAGUGGCCGCUCUAAGUAUCGAUAAGUACUUGGCGCUACACUGGCAUCUCCGCUACGCUGGGAUCGUCACCACUAAGCGCAUCAUCUACAUCUUGGUCAGCUUCUGGUUCGUCUUCGCCGCGAUGUCCACGGUUCAGAUCUGGAGCAUGACCCUGUACCGCAUCAGCGUGUGCAUAGUACUGGCGAUAUUCCUAAUCGGCACUUCGUUCACGUAUUUCAGAAUCUACAGAGUUCUCCGUAGACAUAGUGUGCAAAUCCAAAGUCAAUCACAAGCCGCGAGUAACUUAGAAGGUCCUUCUACACUUAACAUGGCGCGGUACCGGAAAUCUGUUAAAAGCAUGUUUUUGGUCUAUUGCCUUUUUCUGCUCUGCUAUAUCCCUUACAUAUGCGUUCAGACAAUCAUUCUGAUCAUUGAUAUGAAUGGAAGCUAUGGUAAUGCGAGAGACUACAGGACGUUCUACGUGGCAGUUGAUUGUACGGAGACUAUAGUGAUCUUGAACUCUCUUACAAAUCCGGUCAUUUAUUGCUGGCGUAUGAGGGAUGUAAGGCAUGCAGCGCGCGUGGCUCUUUCCGUCUUACGUUGCAAACCGGCGGGACAAUGGCAGUCCGAACGAUCCGCUACUUUCACAUCUUAAAAAUAAACACCAGGGUUAAAUAAUCAAAUGUACGCGCUUCAGUAAAACGGAGUAUUUACAGAUCUUACUAUACGAGUCGCCUUUGCACUGUUUGUUGACGGUUAGUGGGUGUUUUUCUCGCCAGAGCGAGUCCCACACUCAAGGCCCCUAAGAGAAAGGCCCAAUCAGAAAAGCUUCACUUCAUUUGGUCACGUAGUUUUGCGAAAAACAUGCAGCGAUCAAAAACAUAGAUAUUGAGACGCACAAAGGAAGAAUGCGAGAUAUGGAGAAAACUGAGAACUUGGACCCUAGGGAAUUAAUCGUAGCACAAUGGCACAAUAUUCUAUAGCCCUCUAGUUCUGUUUGUUGUCAGAUUCUAAAAAACAUGAAGGUCAACGCAGUGAUAACAUUGGGCACAUAUUUCAAAGCAAUAAGGGAUUAUGAAGAGAGGGAUUCUUGGUACUAUGGAUUAUAACGAUAAGGAAGUUGUAUAUUUGGGCUUCUCAAAAGAAGAAAUAGCACUGAAAUUUUUUUCGGAUAUUUAUCCGAGGAAUCUCUUUUUAUCUUUAUUCUUAAUCGCUUUUCUUAGUUCUGCCCGAAACAAAAAACCUGGAACUUACACGCCGGAACCAAAUUUAAUUAAUACACUUUUCUACUGACACUCUCUGCGCGAUUAAACUUCUUCACUAAUCAGAAUUCUUAUGAGAUACUCAUUUGCAGGUUUGUGUGAUCUGGAGCUUAUCCCUGUGUUUGGAAAUCCAGGGGAUGAACGAGCGAAUAAUGACUACUAAUAGCUGGUCCGUUCUCAAGCGAAUGUCAAAGCUCUCCGGCAAGCUCUCACGUCAACUCAUCUUGUCCCGAAUUCAUUUUAUUCAAAAGCUGGUAUGUUUACCCAAAAUAAAACGCAAUUAGGACAUAUUUGUAAUAUGCGGAAUGAAUACGGCAUAUAGACUCGGAUGUUGUUUAUUGGCAAGAGAUGUAAUAAAGUGAAAAAAUAGUACACGGGUGAGUAAAAGUGAAAUAAAUGAAAUAAAAAAACAAAAUACGUCGACCUUUUAAGCCUUGUUCUUGCAAUUAGUUGGAGUUGAUAGCGUUUUCCUUAAUACAUGAUAAAUGCGUUUGUUUUAAUCAAAAUGAAUUUUCAAACAGUAUUCAAAGCCUUAAUAUUACUUUGUUGUGUCGUUGCGCGAACCGGAAAACAAUCUCUUAAUGUACUUUUUUGCUUAAAUAGUUUCUGAAUUUAACACCUUUCGCUUGCGGCAAAGAGAAAAACUCUAAAGGCUCUAAAAGCUUUUAUAUUACUAAAAGCAAAAAAAAAAAUGCUUUAAACAUGUGUAAACUGCCAGCUAAAGAAAUCACAAUCUUUUUAGAUAAAUUUUACGUGAUCUUUAUGUGCCCUUAUGAUAAAUACAAAAAAACAUACUGAAGUUAAAGAGUCUUAAUUGUUGAAGAUAAAAAAAUAACGUCAUUAAAAGAGCUUGAAAGGCAUUUGAUGACUCUCCCCAUUUAACAUCGCGUGGAUGCCGGGAGGUCCCAAUAUUUUUCGACCUAUACACAAGACAUUCUCUGUCAAGUACUUGAGUACCGUUAACGUAUUUGCUUUGCUCUUUGGAGGCAAUCUCUAAUAGCAAAAUGGUAUGUCAAUUAAGAACACGUGCGGGGGCGCAAAAAAGUGAUUAACCCAGCGACUAAUACUAAUAAAAGGCUUUCAGUUUACAUUUUGUAAUUCGGUUUGUGCAAUCUCAAAGCUUUUUUGUGUGUGUCUGGAAGAUUGUCUAUCGUACUUUACAUAUCGCUGUUUUUUUUCUAGCUGCUUAUCCAGCCCGUUUUUAUUCUCAUAUUUGAAUAAACAAAAAGUUAAAUCUUUUAUUUUCAGUGAAUAUGGUAAUUAAUAUAAAAGUUAUAAUAAGGUUGAUAUUUGGUGUGUGUGUGUUUUUGUUAUUUCUACAGCUAUUGUGUUGUUCUUGCUUUUGUGCCUCAAGCAUUGCUGAUAAAAUAACGAAAAGCAACGCUGGAGCCAUUAGAACACCAUGUAGGAUGAUUGUUUUUGUCUUGUUUCUCGCCGGCGCGAUAGAAACAUAGGAGGGCCUGAUACUCAGGUUAGGUCUUUAUAUAACUGUUGUUUGUUAAUUCACGUUAUCAUUUUGUUUGUUUCCUAUGAGCAAGCCAUAUACACUUGUCGAUAACCCGCGAAAUUUGAGAUAAAAUUCCCACCAUCUCUUGCAGAAGUAUUAUCUAAGUAUGAUGAAUUUUUUGGGGGGCUUUUAGAAACCUGGAUUCUAGGUUACCCACAAUCCACUGCGAGUUUCGAUACAUAAAUUCUCGGGUACAAUCUUAUUUAAAAUGUAUGUAAACUGACUCAAAAUGGUAUUAAAAUAAACUAAAGAGC